AUGACACUGUGGGAUGACCCAACUAAGUCCAAUGACAUUCUUGUCAAGUUAGCUAACAGAGCCAAAGUCAUUGAUUCUCUAAAGGACUUGAGGUACAAGGUAGAGGAAGCACAGCUCAUAAAGCAGUUGACUGAGAUGAAUGCUAUUGAUUAUGGGUUGUAUAAACAAGCAUAUGACGCUUCUGUAGAUAUGGGCAAAAUUCUGGAUCAGUAUGAAAUAUCCAAGCUUCUUAAGGGUCCAUUUGAUAUGGCAGGAGCAUGUUUGGUAAUAAAAGCUGGACCUGCCGGCAUCUUUCCAAAGGUUUCAUACAUACAUAGUCUUUGA